CAAUAAAGUUGACAAAUCUAUCAUGGUCAGCGCUACGAACGUUAAUCCACCUGUCGAAGAGACUGAAAAGACUUCAGUUGAAUCCCAAGUCGUUCCAGCUCCUAUUCCUAAAGUCAACGUAUGGCAAGUUAAACAAUCUGUCAAAACAACUGUUGUCCCAGAAAACGAAGAAUCUUCAUGGCCUGCUCCAAAAGAAGCUUUAGAGCAACAAGAUAAGGAAGAAGUGAAGGAAGAAAAGAUUGUGGUUCCCAAAGCUAAAGGUCGUGGUACUCCUUAUACUCCUACUAUUACUCACUCUUCUUCAACUCCUCGUCAUGGUUCUAAUCGUGGAAAUAAUAGCAAUGGCAACAAAAAGACACAAGGUGCACGAAAACCUCGCCGUACCAGUCAACCUCCUAAAGAAAAAGAAACUAAGGAAACUAUCAAUAAUAAAGCAACUACAACUAGUAAGGAAACCGAUACCAAGGAAUCAUCUAUUGCCAACAAGGAAAAGGAAACUGUUGUCGUUAACAAGUUAGAAACACCUAUUUCUCAACCUACCACUCCUACUCCUCGGCCUUUGAACAAAGAACACACCUCUACUCACAACCACAGAGAUCGAUCACACUCAUCAAAUGGAUCAUCAAAUCGUCGUGUUAUGCGCAACGGAAACAACCAUCAUCGUUCCUUCAAUAACCGUCGCCCUGUGUAUGUACACGAAGAUACACUCAAGAUGUACAUUGCCCAACAAAUCGAAUAUUAUUUCAGUAUUGACAAUUUGUGCAAGGAUAUCUAUUUACGUACUCAAAUGGACAAGAAUGGUUUUAUCGAUUUGGCUUUUUUGGCAAACUUCAAUCGUGUCAAGGGAUUAUCCACUGAUUUAUCUUUGAUUCGUGAUGCUCUUACUCAAAGUCAAGUAGUUGAAGUGACUUCUGACAACAAGAUUCGCAAGCGUGAAGGUUGGGAAAUGUGGAUCUUGCCUCCUCGUCCAUCCGCAAACAACAACAACAACAACACAACUACCACUAGUACUACAACCACCACCACAACUACUUCAACUAACAACAACAACAAUAGUAACGUCAAUACCGCUGCCGCAACUUCAGCACCUGUUACACCCAUCCCUUCCAAUAAAUCAUUGACUAGUCCUAUCCCAACAUUACCAUCAUCUAUAAAACAAACCAGUACUCCAAGCAAACCCAAGGUGAAGAACGAAGAAGAGGAUGAUUUGUUUGAUUUUGAUGAUGAAUGGGUGGAUGGAAGCCGACCAAAUACUGUCAAGAAAUAUUACUUAUCCGAUGACGACUCUGAAUUUGAUGACGAAGAUGAUGAUGAUUACGCAGAUGAUGAUAUGAUUGCUCGUAUUAUGAUUGUGACUCAACGUAAACGUGAUCGUUCUCAUGCUUCUUUUGAUCGUGCCAAGAUGAAUGAUGAAAUCUCUGAUAUGAUUAACGAAGGUCUUUAUCAAUAUGAAUCUGGUUUGGGUGGAUCCAACAAACCCAAGAAUGAAAAGGUGGCUACUGUUGACCGUGAAGCUUUCAACAAACAAAGAGAUGAAGUUACUAAUGCUACUACUGCUGAAGCCAAGCCUAUCAAGAAACAAGGUCCUCGAUUUUAUCCUGUUCAACCUGAAUCACUUCCAAGCAGUGCCUUUUACAGUGGAAGUCUUCGAUCAACUGCUACUCCUUCUUCUCUUACCAUGUCAUCUACAAACAACAAUAAUCAUAGUAACAACAAAAAGGUGGAUCAUGCUGAUGUUGGUUGGGUUCUUUCUGAUCAAGCAUAUCAUCCUAGUGACAUCGCUUCAUCUCUUAGCAAAUCUGUUGAAUUGGGUUCUUCUAUGGAUAUGGCUCAUUCUAUUCCCAACUUCCAACAUCCUUCACAUAGUCUUUUACGGGAAAAGGGUUUUGUCCAACACAAAUAUUACAAAUAUCAUGCCAAGGCUCUCAAGGAACGCAAACAGCUCGGUGUGGGUCAAUCUCAAGAAAUGAAUACUUUAUUCCGAUUCUGGUCUCACUUUUUACGUGAUCACUUCAACAAACGUAUGUAUCGUGAAUUCAAGAAACUUGCUGUGGAAGAUGCCAAUCAAGAUUAUCGUUAUGGACUUGAAUGUAUCUUUAGAUUUUAUUCUUAUGGUCUUGAAAAGCGUUUCCGUAAGGAUGUAUUUGAAGAUUUCCAAGAAUUGACAUUGAUGGAUGUGGAACAUGGUCAUCUUUAUGGUCUUGAAAAAUUCUGGGCUUAUCUUCAUUAUCGUAAGGAAACAAAGAAAACAAAACAAUGCAAGGUGGAUGAUCAACUCAAGCAAUUGUUGGAGAAAUAUCACUCUUUGGAUGAUUUUAAGCAAGCUGGAUCUUUGAAAAAAGAUGUGGAUGGUCCCUACAAAGUACCCAAUCAUGGAAAACCUCGAGGAAGUAUCAGUGGUACGUUGGCCUAAAUUUUUGGUGAAUGAACUUUCAUGAUAGUCUUUGGAUUUGUUUUAUUAUAUAUACAACAUAUAUAUAUAUAUUCAUAUAUAUUCAUUCAUCAAUAUAUUUGUAUCUCAUCUCUUUUUAUUUCCC